UCUGAGUGAGCUGGCUCGGUGUGACCGUGACUCACCGUGGUCCUCUGGAAGUCGCUCUCCCAGUACGUGAGCCUAGGAGCUGGGGGCAGUGGUACCCUUGGUCCACACAGGCCCUGGCAGAGCCUCCUUGCAGUUCUCCCACCUGAGGAGGCUACAGCUGGCCUGGUUGGCACGUGUCUCCUUUCCUAGUGGAGGGGUUGCCUCAUUCUGCAGCCUCAGACCCUUCCUUCACACAGUCCCUUUGCCUCCUCCCCCUUCCCACAACUGGGUGGGGGUGAGUGGGCAGGGGGCAGGCUCAGCCGGCUGAGGAGCCUGAUGAUUUCCUGCCCUCACCACAGCUUCCUGUCGCACGCGGGUGGUGAGAAGGAGAGGCAGGCGGGGAGCAAGAAAGGCAGGUACAGCUGGGCACAGGGAUCGUGCAGCUGGUGGCUGGGGCACAGGCCCCAGCGCUGGCUCCGGGACUAACACCUUUCCGGAGCCAACGCUAAUCUCAACUCAGUCGAGCAAGAGAGCAGACGCAGCUGCCGGCUGCUGGAUCCCAGGCUGGGGCCCGCUUGGUCCCACACCCCUCCAGGGGCUGCGGUGCAGCAGGGCCUGGGGCAGGUGCUCUGCAGAUGGAAGCAGACGCCUUGAGCCCUGUGGAGCUGGGCCUCCUGCUGCUGCCCUUCGUGGUCAUGCUCCUGGCUGCCCUAUGCGUGCGCUGCCGUGAGUUGCCAGCCUCCUAUGACAGUGCUUCCACAGAGAGUUUGUACCCAAGGAGCAUCCUCAUCAAACCACCUCAAAUAACCGUCCCCCGAACACCUGCUACUUCCUACCCUCUUGUCACUUCCUUCCCACCCCUGAGGCAGCCAGACCUGCUCCCCAUUCCGAGAUCCCCACAGCCCCUCGGGGGCUCCCAUCGGAUGCCAUCUUCCCGGCAGAAUUCAGAUGAUGAGCCAGCCCGUAAGAACGUGGAUGAAGAUGAGGAUGAAGAUGACUAUCCUGAGGGCUACCUAGUGGUGCUGCCUGACAGUAGUCCUGCUGCCGUCCCUGUUGUCUCCUCUGCUCCGGUGCCCAGCAACCCUGACCUUGGAGACAGUGCCUUCUCUAUGGAGUCAUGUGAAGAUUACGUGAAUGUCCCUGAGAGCGAGGAGAGUGCAGAGGCAUCUCUGGAUGGGAGCCGGGAGUAUGUGAAUGUGUCCCAGGACGCACAGCCAGUGAUCAGGGCUGAGCUGGCCUCUGUGACCUCCCAGGAGGUGGAAGAUGAAGAAGAGGAGGAUGUGGAUGGAGAGGAAGCUCCUGACUAUGAGAACCUGCAGGAACUUAACUGAAAGCCUGCUGCAGCUAUCAGUCCUGGAACUGGACUUGCUGGGGGUGUCGCUAAGGGAGUCCCAUUUGACCUCUGCCUUGCCUACAGCCUGAGAAUCUCCCCUAACUUAUUGUGACUUUGGAGCUCAGUCUGUGUCCCCAGUAUUCUGCACCUUCUGAUGAAGCCUGAGAAUGAAUCUAGUUCCAGCCGGACUAUGUCAUAGAAUAAAGGCCACGUGGCCCAAAA